ACGAGUACCAAAGCACGCUAAAGAAAAGAAGAAGAACUUAAGAGAGAAGAAGAAGAAGAAGAAGAAGAAACAUACAACCUCAUCUCGCCGGAGAAGAAGAAAGAUGUCGUGGCAAUCAUACGUGGAUGACCAUCUCAUGUGCGAUGUCGAAGGUAACCAGCUCACACACGCCGCCAUCUUAGGCCAAGACGGCAGUGUCUGGGCUCAGAGCGCUAAUUUCCCUCAGUUGAAGCCUGCAGAGAUAGCAGGAAUCAACAAAGACUUUGACGAAGCUGGACAUCUUGCUCCAACCGGGCUAUUUCUUGGUGGUGAAAAGUACAUGGUUGUCCAAGGUGAGGCAGGAGCCGUCAUCCGAGGGAAAAAGGGACCUGGUGGAGUCACUAUCAAGAAGACCACUCAAGCUCUAGUCUUUGGCAUCUAUGAUGAACCGAUGACUGGAGGCCAGUGCAACUUGGUUGUGGAGAGGCUCGGCGAUUACCUUAUUGAGUCUGGUCUCUAAAUUCACAGAAAUUUGCGUCAAACCAAUAUCAAUUUUAAGCCUCUUCCUCACUACAGAAGCACUCUUCUGCCAUGUAUUGUGAUUUGAUUGUUGUUGUGCAUCAAACGAAGAUUAUACACUUUUAUAAAAACGAAGAAGCAAUCAUAUUUGUUAUGGUUUUGAACUUUUGAUUCCCUCCUAUGAUGGCUUUGAUGUUUUCUCUCAUCCUUGUACUGUAUUUCAUAAUGUGUAUCUCUGGUUUUCGAUUUGAGUAAUGAAAUAAUUACUACGGUUUGGUAUAAAAA